AGGAGUGAGAAAGAGAGAAAAAUAGUCGUAGAGAAAAUACUCUGAUCUAUUUUACUACUACAUGGGUUCGGAAGUCGUCACCGCCGUGGAAAACCUGCAGCAACCUUUACUUGAGCCAUCAAAAUCGGAUGUCGACUUCAGGAUGGAGAGUGUGUUAACAGACCCUCACUUGCCUUAUUACCGGCGUGUUUUCUUGGCGGCGUUGAUAGAGAUCAAGUUUCUAUUCCACCUUGCAGCUCCCGCUAUCUUCGUCUACGUGAUCAACAAUGGCAUGUCCAUGCUUACUCGUAUCUUCGCUGGUCGAAUGGGAAGUAUGCAACUCGCCGCAGCUUCUCUAGGAAACAGCGGUUUCAACAUGUUCACCUUUGGUCUCAUGCUUGGAAUGGGAAGUGCAGUGGAGACACUAUGUGGGCAAGCCCACGGGGCUCAGAGAUACGACAUGCUCGGCGUCUACUUACAAAGAUCCACCGUGGUUUUACUCCUCACCGGACUUCCAAUGACAUUACUCUUCAUCUUCUCUACACCUCUCCUCACUUUACUCGGCGAGCCAGCUGAUGUGGCAUCAACGGCUUCCAUCUUUAUCUACGGUAUGAUCCCUAUGAUCUUCGCUUACGCCGUCAACUUCCCUAUACAAAAGUUCCUCCAGUCACAGAGCAUCGUUACGCCUAGCGCUUACAUCUCAGCAGCCACCCUCGUCCUCCACCUGCUCCUCUCAUGGCUCGCUGUCUUCAAGCUCGGAUGGGGUUUGCUUGAUCUCUCCGCGAUCCACAGUCUCUCGUGGUGGAUCAUUGUCAUUGCUCAGAUCAUGUAUAUUAAGAUGAGCCCUAGGUGUCGCCGGACUUGGGUAGGGUUUAGCUGGAAAGCUUUCGACGGUCUAUGGGACUUUUUCCGGUUAUCUGCAGCUUCGGCGGUCAUGCUCUGCCUUGAGGCCUGGUAUUCUCAGAUUCUUGUUCUCCUUGCCGGACUUCUCAAAAACCCUGAACUCGCUUUGGAUGCCCUAGCUAUAUGCAUGGCAAUUUCUGCAAUCUCGUUCAUGGUCUCCGUUGGAUUCAACGCAGCUGCAAGUGUGAGAGUUAGUAACGAAUUGGGUGCUGGACAUCCAAGAUCAGCGGCAUUUGCAACUGUGGUAACUACAGGAGUAUCGUUUAUACUGUCAUUGCUUGAAGCUGUAGUGAUCCUCUCGUGGCGCCAAGUCAUCAGCUACGUUUUUACUGACAGUCCAGCGGUUGCCGAAGCCGUAGCCGAACUCUCUCCUUAUUUGGCUAUUACCAUUGUUCUUAACGGAGUUCAACCAGUUUUAUCUGGCGUGGCCGUUGGAUGUGGGUGGCAAGCAUUUGUCGCGUACGUUAACAUUGGAUGUUAUUACUUUGUGGGGAUUCCAAUUGGUUAUGUUCUUGGUUUCACCUAUGAUAUGGGAGCUAAGGGAAUAUGGACAGGAAUGAUUGGAGGCACACUCAUGCAAACUAUUAUUUUACUCAUUGUCACUAUCCGAACUGACUGGGAUAAAGAGGUGGAGACGGCUUCGAGAAGAUUGCACAAGUGGGAAGACCACCCAAGCGCCGCUUCUUAGAGCACCCUUAUCCUAGAAACACAUUAGGUGUCUCUUAAUCUUUUUUUAAUAGUAAUAGAUUUUUUAACCGCGCGAUAAGAUAUUAUAUGUAUUUUUCAAU